AGACUGAGUCUCUCCCAGGACAGCUGCUGCGGUCACACCACAAACUUAAAAACCGCCCUCCCGCUCCAAGCGUGCCUUUCCUCGCCACCCUCGCCUCUGCAGCGCUCCAGCUGGUGCCUGGCUCCGCUCUGCUCCGGGCAGGGCGCUCGAGUGUAGGGGGGGAGCAGCGCCCCCUGCCUCCUGGCCUGGCCUCUGCGGCCGCAUCCUCCGCGCUCCGCCAGGGCCGCUGGCGGCUCCGGGGCUCAGCUAGGGCUGCCUCUCAGAGGAGGUCGCGCCGGUGCCCUGGGUCGCCACCUCUCACGCCCAUCGCCUGCAUUCCCUUCUCUCGCUGAAAAGACGGCCGGCGCAGAGAGAGAGAGAGGGCGAGAGAGAGAGAAGAGUUCGCUGUAGAAUUGUGGUAACCAUAUGAGUGGUCAAGUUGCUUGUAUCUUAUACCUACAGACUGACAUCUGCUGUUUCUCAGGACAGUGGCUCUCUCCAUAACAGAUUAAUACGGUUUGAAAGAGACCAUUGUUUUCAACAUGAUUGUUAAUAAAAAUGAGAGACCAAGGUCCAGAAGCCACGAUUUUUACCUUUUUCAUGCCUUGGUGAUGUUAAGCAUGACCACGCUGUUUCUUCCAGUCACUGGAACGUCUAAGCAAAAUAUUCCACGUCUCAAGCUAACUUACAAAGACUUGCUGCUUUCAAAUAGCUGUAUUCCCUUUUUGGGCUCAUCGGAAGGACUGGAUUUUCAAACCAUUCUGUUAGAUGAGGAGAGGGGCAGGCUGCUUCUGGGAGCCAAGGACCACAUCUUCCUGCUUAGUCUGGUUGACUUAAACAAAAAUUUUAAGAAGAUUUAUUGGCCUGCUGCAAAGGAACGAGUGGAACUAUGUAAAUUAGCUGGGAAAGAUGCCAAUACAGAAUGUGCAAAUUUCAUCCGAGUACUUCAACCCUAUAACAAAACUCAUGUUUAUGUGUGUGGAACUGGAGCAUUUCAUCCAAUAUGUGGAUAUAUUGAUCUUGGAGCCUACAAGGAGGAAGUUAUGUUCAAGCUAGACACACAUAAUUUGGAGUCUGGCAGACUGAAAUGUCCUUUUGAUCCUCAGCAGCCGUUUGCUUCAGUCAUGACAGAUGAAUACCUCUACUCUGGCACAGCUUCUGAUUUCCUUGGCAAGGACACUGCAUUCACGCGGUCCCUUGGGCCUACUCACGACCACCAUUACAUCAGAACCGACAUUUCAGAGCACCACUGGCUCAACGGAGCAAAAUUUAUUGGAACUUUCUCUAUCCCGGAUACCUAUAAUCCAGAUGAUGAUAAAAUAUAUUUCUUCUUUCGUGAAUCAUCUCAAGAAGGGAGUACUUCUGAUAAGACCAUUCUUUCUCGAGUUGGAAGAGUUUGUAAGAAUGAUGUAGGAGGACAACGCAGCCUGAUAAACAAAUGGACCACUUUUCUCAAGGCCAGAUUGAUUUGCUCAAUUCCUGGGAGUGAUGGGGCAGAUACGCAUUUUGAUGAGCUUCAAGACAUAUACUUACUCCCCACAAGAGAUGAAAGAAAUCCUGUAGUAUAUGGAGUCUUUACCACAACCAGCUCCAUCUUUAAAGGCUCUGCUGUGUGUGUGUAUAGCAUGGCAGACAUCAGAGCAGUUUUUAAUGGUCCAUAUGCUCAUAAGGAAAGUGCAGACCAUCGUUGGGUGCAGUAUGAUGGAAGGAUCCCGUACCCUCGACCUGGCACAUGUCCAAGCAGAACCUAUGACCCACUGAUUAAAUCAACCCGAGACUUUCCAGACGAUGUCAUCAGUUUCAUAAAGCGGCACCCUGUGAUGUAUAAAUCCGUGUAUCCAGUUGUGGGAGGACCAACAUUCAAGCGAGUCAAUGUGGAUUACAGGCUGACACAGAUCGUGGUGGAUCACGUUGUUGCUGAAGAUGGCCAAUAUGAUGUAAUGUUUCUUGGAACAGACAUUGGAACAGUCCUAAAAGUUGUCAGCAUUUCAAAGGAGAAGUGGAAUAUGGAAGAGGUGGUCCUGGAGGAGUUACAGAUAUUCAAGCAUUCAUCAAUGAUCUUGAACAUGGAGUUGUCUUUGAAGCAGCAACAAUUGUACAUUGGUUCCCGAGAUGGAUUGGUUCAGCUCUCCUUGCACAGAUGUGACACUUAUGGGAAAGCUUGUGCAGACUGCUGUCUUGCCAGAGAUCCCUACUGUGCCUGGGAUGGAAAUGCAUGCUCUCGAUAUGCACCCACUUCAAAAAGGCGAGCUAGACGUCAGGAUGUGAAGUAUGGAGACCCAAUCACCCAGUGCUGGGACAUAGAAGACAGCAUUAGUCAUGAAGCUGCUGAUGAAAAGGUGAUUUUUGGCAUUGAAUUUAAUUCAACCUUUCUGGAAUGUAUUCCUAAAUCUCAACAAGCAUCUAUUAAGUGGUAUCUCCAGCGAUCAGGAGAUGAACAUCGAGAGGAGUUGAAACCCGAUGAAAGGAUCAUCAAAACAGAAUAUGGGCUACUGAUUCGAAGUUUGCAGAAGAAGGAUUCUGGGAUGUAUUACUGCAAAGCACAGGAGCACACUUUUAUCCACACCGUAGUGAAGCUGACUUUGAAUGUCAUUGAGAAUGAACAGAUGGAAAAUACCCAGAGGGCAGAGCAUGAGGAGGGGAGGGUCAAGGAUCUGUUGGCUGAGUCACGGUUGAGAUACAAAGACUACAUCCAAAUCCUUAGCAGCCCCAACUUCAGCCUCGACCAGUACUGCGAACAGAUGUGGCACAGGGAGAAAAGGAGACAGCGAAACAAGGGCGGCCCAAAGUGGAAGCACAUGCAGGAAAUGAAGAAGAAAAGAAAUCGAAGACAUCACAGAGACCUGGAUGAACUUCCUAGUGCUGUGGCCACGUAGUUUUCUAUUUAAUUUAAAGAAAAGAAUCCUUUACCU